AUGCAGUCUGGAGUGAAGACGCUCUCCGCAGGUGGAGGUGCGUCACUCUGCUGCCUGCUGCUUCUCUGGCUCAUCUAUUCCCAUCUGCUUAGAGAGGGCCAGCUGGCGGUGGGAACCUGCGAGAUAGUGAUGCUCAACAGAGACAGCAGCGUCCCCAGACGGACCAUCGCAAGGCAGACGGCCCGCUGCGCCUGCCGGAGAGGCCAGAUCGCCGGCACGACCAGGGCGAGGCCGGCAUGUGUCGACGCUCGAAUCGUGCGGAGUCGUCAGUGGUGCGAGAUGGCUCCCUGCCUGGAGGGGGAGGUCUGCAGCUACCUGUUCAACCGAUCCGGCUGGACCUGCACCAGGGGCAGCGGUCGCAUCAAGACCGUCACGCCUUUGCCCAAGGAACCGUCGUAGGAUGCAGAGAAAAGAAGUUCAUUGACAUCCAUGCUACAAAAGGAGCUGAGACCACCAGAACAUUGUGUCCAUUCACCAACGAGAUUUUCCAAACUUAACACCA